AAAUUUUAAUCAUCAUGACUACCCUUAAUGUUUAGAUAAACUUGAAUCAAUUUUAAUUAAUAUUGUAGAAGGAAGAAGAAAAAAAAUAAUAACAAUACUUAUUAGAAAGAAAAGAAUAUCCUAAAGGAUCAAUCAAUCUAUAUGAAUCAAGAUUUGAAAAGGUAUCGUUAUCAAAUUAAAAAAUAAAUGAAGUGAUUGGCUGGAUGUUAAUAAUAGCUGUAAUUUUGAUGUUAAUUGUAUUGGCUAUUUCAAUAGUGUAAAAUUCUAUGAUAGGAUUUGCAAUACCACUAAUGUCAGUUACAACAUUCUUCAUCGUUUAUAUAAAUUGGAUUUCGAUGAAAUUUUUUAUAAAUUCUUGAG